CUGACUUGCCUGCCCUUUAACCAGCCCUUAGUCCUGUGCAGACCCCCACAGACUGUGAUGCAGAGAGGCGAGCCGCAGGAUUUCUUUGUCUUUAUUUAUUGAGUCAUUGAUUGAUUUCUCCCCCUUUCUUGAAACUUUUUUUUUUAACUUUUCUCAAGAAGGAUUCUCCACUCCAAUCAGCAGCCAUGCCUCUGUCCGGGACCCCAGCACCCAACAAGAGGAAAAAGUCCACGAAAGUGAUCUCCAAGAUCAUGCAGGUUGUGGAUGAGGGAGAACUGAACCUGGGGAAGAAGAUCAGCACUCCCAAAGACAUCAUGCUGGAGGAGCUGUCUCUGCUCGGGAACAAGGGCUCCAAGAUGUUCAAACAACGGCAGAAAAGGGUGGAGAAAUUCAUCUGGGAGAACAACCCUGACAUCUUCAAUGAUGAGUCCAUGGACAAUUUCCAGAAGUUUGUGCCGAGCCUGGGCGGGGCGAUGCAGUCUGGCCACAGCAUGAUGGAUGUGGGGGGUCACCUGGUCAGCGGUCAGAUGGUGGGCCAGGCGGGCACAGGGAGACAGCAGCAGGCGCCGGUCCCUCCUCCCAAACCAGGCAUGGGCGGGGCUGGGGGAGGAGCUGGAGGGGCUAGGGGAGUAGCUGGAGGGGCUGGAGGAGGAGCUGGAGGGGAUGUCACCAUGCAGACCAGCCAUGGACAUGGUGAGGGCGAAGCUCAUCAGAGUGCAGGGAAGGGCAGAUCGAAGCAGAGCAUUACCAUGGUGAGGACUUACAUAUCUCCAUGGGAACGGGCAAUGCGAGGGAAUGCGGAGCUGACGGCCACCAUGAGAUCCAGCAUGCCAGGGCCCUGCAGCCACAAGGACCUGGUGAAGUACAAGAGCUUCAACAGGACCGCCAUGCCCUACGGAGGGUACGAGAAAGCCUCCAAGCUGAUGACCUUCCAGCUGCCGGAGUUCGACACUGCGCCGGAGGAGCCAGAGCACCCCGUGAUCUACCAGCACGACAUCAACUCCCGCCCCUGCUUCAACCGCACUCCCAUCGGCUGGGUGGGAAGCGGGGAGCCCUGCCAGCUGUCUGUGGAUCUGGAGAACGUGCCUUUUGAAGGGGAGACCGACGACCUGUGAACUACACCGCACUGACACACACUGACACACACAUAAACACACAGUGAUACACCUAGACACACAUAAAUACAUACACACACAAAAACACUGACACAAACACACUGACACAUGCAUAAACACACACAAUGACACACCUAGACACACACUGACACACAAACAAAUACGUGAACACACCACUGACACACACUCAAUCCCCACUGACACACAAUCACAUGUGAACACACACACAGACACACGAACAUGCACACACGCUGACACACGGAAACACACACGCAUGCACACAAAAUGUCCUUUUGUAGCUUGAUGCUUCAUUUAUUAGUGCUCUGAUGAAUCUUUGAAUAUUCGCUCUAUUUAAUUAGCUAUAAGAAACGGUUUGAAAAGGCUACUGUUGUACACCAUGGUAAGAAUGUAGUAAGUCACAGUAAAAGCAUGGUAAAGUAAAGGCUUCAAUAUUCACAUAUUUUUGCUUGGGCACUAAUAUUCCCUGAAUACAUUAUUUUAUUACCCUAAAGGACUUAAUGAUGUCAUCUUUAGCCCCCCCCCCUUUCCAAACAAAUCAAUAUAGAUUUCUAUAUUUCUAUAGGCUUUAUAUAGGACUUUUUCACCUAGGGGAACCAUACAAUCCAGACCCUUCUAUGGUGACCCUCUAGUGCAAUAUUUCGAAUUAUGAUUAUGAUAAUAAUAAUGAAUAGCACUGUUAAUAAAAAGGAUAUGAAUAUUAUAAAGAGUUUUAGACUGGUAGUUGUGUUCUCUUUGAAUGUGUGCCUUGCACUGCCUUGCCCGUCCUUGUUUUAGGAAAUGCCACAGAUUAGAGAUUGUGGGGCUCUGGUUCUUUAAAUGCCUUUCCAAACCAGUUGGUUCCAGGUUUAAUUUAUCACUUUCAUUUAUCUUGCCACUUCCACACUAUAGGGUCACUUCCUCUCUGCGCAGCUGGUAUUAGGGCCCCCCGUGCUGAGCCUCUUUUUGUUGGGGACUGUAAUACCUGCUGCACAGACAUGAAAUGACUCUACAGUGUUGGGGGCAGGAUAAGGCUCUUCACCAAUGAAGGGAAAAUAAAGUCAUUUUUAAAGAAGACAGGUAAACAGCAAAGAAUCAGGAGAGUGCAAGAAUGCUGUUUAAAGUCUUGGUUAGAUACAACAGGAGAAUGGCUCUGUGUUACCCAGCCCCUCGCACAGACAAGCUCACAGCUGCUUUCUACACCAGCACUCUCUCUCUGUCUCACUCUUACCACUGGAAUAUAUCAAAACGGAAAGAAAAAAUAUCAGAUGGAAGUGCAUCUGUCUUCUUUUUCUUCUUUAUUAAACGUAAGAAACAUUUUAAAAAUUCUGUUUUCUCGUUGUUUCUUUUUUUCAAUCUGUAUAAAUAUUCACCCCUUGCUAAGAUUUUGCAUGCUCACUUUUUGAAUAAAUUGAAUAAAUCAGAAA